AUUGGAAUGAGGCGAGGAGGGGCAGUUCCAUAACCACCAACUCCUAGAUUACUACUACUACUUUACAUAUCUUGACAGCCUCACCAUACAAAUUAAAUCCGUAUUUAAAGUGAAGUCAGGCUCUUUGGCUGUUUGAAGACUCGUGAUCAAUAAUGGCCAAGUGGACUGGAAAGCGUACGAGCGUGAUGUACACGAAGCCUGAGGAACCUUCGUUCUUGAAGAAGUUUAAGGAGCGUGUUGGGUAUAAAGAGGAUGGCGGUCUUUCAGAUAAGUUUGCAGCAAUGCCAAAGGCCACAGAUGAUGACUGUGAAGAUAAGGAUGAUGAACUUCCACAGGUCGUAAGUAUCAGACCUGGAGAUCUUACACAGGAGGAAUACGACCAACUUCGCUCUGAGGGGAAGUUGGACGAUUUACUGCAAGAGAAGUCUGAAAGCAAGGAAUCCAAAUGCAAAGAGGAAGACCCACCCCCUGAUGGCAAGAUCAUUUUUCGAAAGCCGGCAAAACGUGCCAUUGAGGAUGGGCAGAAGGAAGAUGGGAAGAAACUGAAAAGUGAUAAAUCAGGAAAGGAAAAAAAGAAAAACAAACACAAACUUAAAUUACUUUCUUUUAAUGAAGACGAGGAAGAGGAGGAUGAUUAGAUGAUAUUUUUGUACUUCAAUAGUUGGGGUCUGGUACACAUCCCCCGCGACCACUGUACUUUCCUUCAAUCACAGAAAUGCAUUCUGGCGUGUAAAAACCAGCAGGGUGUUGCUGCAAUACUUCUGUCAAACUAAAAAUGAUGUUUACUAGUGCUGACAGAAAAGCUUGAGUUUUAUUUUGAAUUUCAAUAGAAAUGCUGCUGUGCAGUUGAAACAAGUUAAAUUAUUACUGUUUUUAUUACUUUAAUAAGUGAAAAGGCUAAUUUUACCAAUAUCACCAAUUGUGCUUUUGAAAACUUGUACAAUAAAUGAAACAUUAUUCAGCAGAAUUUCGGACUAGUAUUACAGGACUAAGAAUGAUUUUGGUUCAUUCUAUACUGAAUUCUACUGACUUAUUUGGAUUUUUCAGUCCAGCUCAAAGGGAGAAUAUAUCCAGUAGGGGAGUAUUACCAUCAGGGCAGAAAGUACUUAAGGGGGCCAGCCGGAACCCUUAUAUAUGGGGAUAUAGGACAAAAAAUGCAGUCAUGAAAAAAUUCAUGGAGCUUCAUAUGGCAAUUGAGAAUAUGUAUACGACAUAUUUCAUCAAAAUUCCUUACUUUCAUAGUUACAGGGUAAUUAGUAAAUGUAACUCAAUAAGCCAAAAACAUUGAUCCGUACAAGAAAAUGCAAUAUUUCGUCUGUUAUCAUAAAUUUUGAUUAUUGUCAAGGAAAUUAUGAUCAAUGGCAUCUGUAGAGAUUCCAUGAGGGAAGUCAGUCAGCUACCAAGAAGUACAAACACUACUCAGAGCGUGCACAAACCCAAAGUAGUGUACAUGUUCGAGCUUCACCUCUGACAUUCGCUUGCUUUUACAUGUUUAUCUUUGUUUCGACGAGAAUUUCAUCAUGCCAAUGAUGAAAAGACAAGCAAAACAUCUCGCUAACAUACAGACGAAGAAAAUUCGCUCUAUGAUUACAGCAUAUCAUAAUAUACGCAAUAUUAGCGUAGUUAGUGAAGAGAGAGGGGGGUUGCAUAGUAAGUAACGGCCCUGUCUUCCAUGACACACGUCACACUGCAUCCCAGACUACGAUCUUUGAGCAAAGGGAUCUUCAUUUAUGAUAAAUAACAUAGUUUUAGUUUAUUUAUGCCCAAAAAGGAAUAUAAAAUUCACAAUAAUCAUGAUUUAUUAACAUUGUAAAAAGAGAGUACACCUCUGACAUUCUCUUGCAUUUACGUUUGUUUAUCUCUGUUUCCGCAAGAAUUUCAUCAUGCCAAAUAGGAAAAUACAAGGAAAACAUCUCACUAACAUACAGAAGAAGAAAAUUCGCUAUACUAAGCCGAGUUAGUGAAGGAGAGAGAGAGAGUUGCGUAGGAAGGAGUGCCCCGUCUUGCCAGACGCAGUGCCCCAGGCUACGAUAUACUAUGAGCAAAGGGAUAAUAAUUUAUGAUUAAAUUAUGAUAAAUAACAGAUUUGGUUUAUUAAUACACAAAAAAGUAAUAUACAUUCAUAAUAAUAAUUAUUUAUUAACAUUGUCUUAAUAAAAAUACGAAGGAAAACUUUGAACGCCUGUAUCUCAAAACUAUACUUAUUGACCUUCAAAAUCUAUCUUCUUACUUAGUUUUAAAGCUAUACCAUUGAAAUUUGAUAUAUAACUCAAAAAGACAUUAUAGAACAAUCAAAUCAAGCCCUUUUUUCCAAUUUUUGUUUCGUCUUUUUUUUUUUUUUUUUUUUUUUAUAAAUUUUUUCUUUUCAGAUUUAUAGGGUUUAUUUUUUACCAUAAUGAAAAAUUCAUAUCUAGCAAAAUAAUGACAUUUAGAAAAAAAAAACUCCUCAUUCAAUUGGAGGUCUACAUCAGGUCUAUAUAUGGUAGUAAUCCCAGGUCUUAAUAUUAAAUAUCAAGGGACGAGAUAGAAUUCGAAAAUUGGUUAUUUUCGGGAUAAAUUGCCCUGGCGUCACAAAACCGAAGGUCAGAGGCAAAAAUCAUAUGCGGUUGGGAGAUGUCCCAAGUCACCUUAUUAAGUGGUAUGAAUAUCAAAGUCCUGUCCUUAAAAAAUGGCAUUAGCCGGCCGGCCCCCUUAAGGUUCUACACAGAGUCCCUGCAAAGCCCUUCAUUCCUUCAAGUACUAUACGUACUGUACCCCUUUAUAUUCUCUUUCUUCCAUCUAACUUCCCACCCUCCUUUAACAAUUUCUUCAACAUUAUUUUCAGUACUGAAAGACCUCAAUCAUCCAAGAACUUGGCCUUUGGCAUCAAUUUUAAAUUCUGGUUUCAUAGGGGGAAAUAUGAAUUAAAUUCUAUGCUAUAUAAAGUUUUCAUAUAUAUAUAUUUUUUUAUAAAUAGUACUUCAUUAAUCACUUAAAGUUUUGAUACAAUUGUGUACAGUUCCAAAGGAACAAAUGUCCUAGAAAAAAAACUUCAAUUAUAUUACUUUAAGCCACAAUUACAUAAUACAAAAGUCUAAAGCAUCCAGUAAAUUUAUAGAAAAAUAAAUCCUCUAAUUGACCUUACAAAAUGAUGUAAGGCAUCAAUAACAAUUCAUGCUAUUUGUAGAAUAAGUUAUAUGAAGGCACUAAAAAUUCCUGCUAUCAGAUUAAAUGAAACUACAAAAAAUUCCUAGAAUUGUCAAUUCAUAAUAUACUGAGAAGCAUAAUAGUAAACAGAAGUGAGUGAAAUAAAUAAACUGUCAUUGUAAACAAGACAAAAUCAAAAUCCUCAAAGAAAAAUUUUUGUUAACGAGUUAAUUCCCUUGUUUCAA